ACCUUGGCUCCUCCCUGAAGCCUUGGCAUGAUGGGAGUGUUAGUUUUCUGGGCCACAAAGGCGGUGUCCCGGUUUGCACCUUCUCCCUUUUUGCAAAUGCACAGCUCAGGGGUGGCUUCAUGAAGCUGAGCCUGGAAGAGAUGGAGCCCUGGAUGCACUUUGGGUGAAAGAUUCCCUAUGAGUCUGCUGUGAUGUCUGAAGAAGACUAUUUAAAGUGAUGAAGAAAAGAACGGACAUGGUAUUAUAUUAUUGCAUUGGCCUACACAUAGGCUUAAAUCAAGAGUCCUGCAGUUUUGGGAAAUAGCUGCAAAUACUUGGCCGUUUUGUAGGAGAUGCUGGGAGACAGGGUAACGACGGAUCUCGCGGGAGACCUUUACAAGGACCUCUCGUUUCCGGCCAACGAUGACUCUCUCUUUUUUAACUACUCGACUCCGUUGGCUCAUUUCAGAGGAGAGAUUUGUUGGCUGAGACCUCAGGAGAUAUGCUCUCUACCUCGCUUAUUUUCAGACAAUCAUUAUGAGUGGCAAGUCAAGCAAGGGAUGCUGGGAGAUUGCUGGUUCCUCUGCGCUUGUGCAGCUUUACAGAAGAGUAAAUACCUUUUAGCCAAGGUGAUCCCUCCUGGUCAGCCCAGUUGGAGAGAUGAGAAAUACAGAGGCUGUUUCACUUGUCGCAUCUGGCAGUUCGGACACUGGGUGGAGGUCACCAUAGACGACCGCCUGCCUUGCUUGGGAGGGAAACUCUGCUUCUCCCAGUGCCAGAUGGAGGAUGUGUUUUGGCUCCCGCUGCUGGAAAAAGCUUAUGCCAAGGUACAUGGCUCUUAUGAGCAACUCUGGGCCGGGCAAGUUGCAGAUGCUCUUGUGGAUCUCACCGGAGGCUUAGCAGAAAGGUGGACCCUAAAAGACCCCGGGCGAAGCACAGAGAGGGAGAGGGCAGGCAAAGUCUUGGAGAAAUCAGUCUUUAGGAGACUGAUGAACCUCAAGGAGAAAUGCGUUAUGAGCUGCUCUGUCUUCAGCUCACGGCAAGGGACCAGCGAAUUGGGGGAGUUCCAUGCCUUCAUUGUGGUUGACAUGCAAGACCUCUCCAAAGUGUCCAGGAAAGAUGUUAUCCUGCUGAGGAUACGCAACCCUUGGGGAAGACGUUGUUGGAAAGGGCCUUGGAGGGAAGGAGGUCCUGGGUGGAGCCAACUAGAUCCGGUGGUUGCUGCAGAGUUGUUGUCCCAGAUACAGGAAGGUGAAUUCUGGGUAGAAGAGGAAGAAUUUUUUGCAGAAUUCGACGAGAUCAUCACUGGGUACCCGAUUACGGAAGAGGGGCAGCUGCAGAGCCUCUACACAGACAGGGUGCUGAGCCAUACUCAGAAACUGUAUGGCUCUUGGGUGAGAGGCCAAUCGGCGGGCGGCUGCCGGAACAACAGCACCUUCCCUACCAACCCCAAGUUCUGGCUGAGGGUCUGUGAGCAGAGCGAGGUGUGCAUCGCUCUCCUGCAGAAGCACCGCAAGCACAGCACGGAUUGGGCAGGCCGAAUUCGGAACUGGCCCCGUUUAGUGGAAGCGGAACCGCCCGUGGCCGAUGGCAUCCGAGGGAAGAACUACCACGCGGUGGGGCUGCACCUAUGGAAGGUGGAAAAGAAACAGUUUAACCUUCCAAAGACCCUCUCCAUGCCCCCGAUUUCAGGCACCAUUUGCCAUUCCUACAACCGGGAAGUGCACCUUCAUUGUGACCUCUCUCCUGGGUAUUACCUUGUUGUCCCAAGCACUUUCCUCAAUGAUGCUGAAGGAAACUUCCUCCUUCGGGUCUUCGCUAGCGGGCGAAUCUCACUCAGCGAGAUAAAGCUGCCUUCACCUGACAACGCGGUUCGUGAGGAGCUCCCUGGAGGCGAGUGGGAGACGGCCCGGAUGGAGGGAUGUUGGAAGAAAGGGCAGAGUGCAGGAGGAAGCAGGAACUUUCCCUCCUUCCACAGCAAUCCCCGCCUCCCUCUCUCGGUCCCUCCGGGCGCGGGGCAGAGGGGCAUCCGCGUUGCCCUCCGCCAGCACUGCCCAGACAACAAGUGCCACCCAAUUGGGUUUCAUAUCUUCCAGGUUCCCACUGACAACAACAAUGUCAAAAUGCCUUCAGCAGCCUUCUUGCACUUGGAGCCCGUGGUUAGUUGUGUGCCUCACAGCUACUCGCAAGAAGUCAGCCAGCUUUGCCGACUGCCUUCGGGAAAUUAUGCCAUCGUUCCCUCAACAUACCUGCCCGAUACCGAAGGCACCUUCACAGUUAUUGUAGCAACCAAAAUAGAAAGGAAAAGCAUUCGAAGCAAGGAGACUUUGGGUCAAAGAUUGCAAGAGAUCUCCUUUAAAGCUGUGAUGAAAGUAUAGCAUGGCAUUCCUGCAUCCAAUAUUGGAGGAAACACAACCAGAAAGAAGAAAUUGUCAAGCUGAUUUCUCUUUGAAAUUAAACAGUGCAAAGUAA